AUUAUAGGUAGUUGCUAGUUGCUACCCUGCAGCUCUCUUCAUUUCUCUCCAAUUGCUUUCUGCUUACUAAUUCUAUCACUCUGCUUAAGCAAGAUGGCUGAAAGUAUUCUUGGUCCUGUCAUAGAAGAGGCACUUUUCAAGGUGGCAUCGUUUACUGCUGGACAGAUCCGCCUUGCAUGGGGUUUGGAGAAGGAGUUGUCAAAGCUUCGCAGUUCACUCAACCUGAUUCAACAUGUGCUCCAAGAUGCAGAGGAACGACAAAGUGAGGUGGCAAUACGGGAUUGGCUACAGGAGCUCAAAGACGUUGCUUAUGACAUGGUGGAUGUACUGGAUGAGGUUGAAUAUGAGGUACUCCAACAGAAAGUAGAGACUCAAAGCCAAGUGAAACGGGUGCGCAACUUCUUCUCUCCCUCAAAUCCCAUUGCAUUCCGUUUCAACAUCGCUAAUAAAAUUAAGAAGAUUAAUGAGUCUCUUGUUAAAGUAAGAGAAGAUGCAGUUUUUACUACCCUUCUUGCUAGAAACAAAAGCCCCCGGGUUGGCAAAUCCCAGCCUGGCACUCACUCCUUUCUAGAUUCAAAAUUUGAAUCAAGAAGGGAUGAGGAUGUCACAGAAAUUGUUAAGUUGUUGACUGAACAAAGGAGUCAUCAGCAUCCCAUCUCUGUCAUUUCUUUGAUUGGCAUGGCAGGAGUUGGAAAGACAACUUUAGCAAAAUUGCUAUGCAAAGAAAUAAAAAACAGAAACCUUUUUGAUGAAGUAGCAUGGGUGUGUGUGUCUGAUGAUUUUGAUGAACGGGCAAUUUUGAAAGGGAUGUUGGAAUAUCAUGAUCAGAAUGCUGGUGGAAUAAAUAAUAUUGAUGUAUUGCUCAAACGACUAGAGGAAAAGUUAGAAAAGAAAACUUUUCUUCUUGUCCUUGAUGAUGUGUGGGAGGAUAAUUCCAAUACUUGGGCUACUUUCAGUGGUCUUCUGUCAAAUUUUGUGAAAACUAGUGGGAACUCCAUUGUUGUAACCACUCGUAAAGAAGGGGUGGCAUCAUCCAUAGCCGAGUGUCUUCCUUUGCAAAGGCAUCCUUUAAAAAGGCUAUCAGAUGAUGAUUGUUGGUUGAUAAUAAAAGAGAAGGCUUUUGGAUCUACAGAGGCAUCCAUACCUGAUCAACAGUUAGAGGAUAUUGUUUUCCCAAAAGAUUUUAAUUUUGAAAAAGAUGAUUUAAUUCAGCAUUGGAUGGCUCAAGGAUUUCUUUGCUCAUCUAGUCAGGAAAUGAUGGAAGAUAUUGGGAACAAGUAUGUUAGUGAUCUAAUAUCUAACUGCUUGUUCCAUGAUGUAGAGACGGAUAAAUAUGGGGACAUCAUAUCCUUCAAGAUGCACGAUGUGGUGCAUGAUCUUGCCCUGUUAGUUUCAGAAGGUGAAACAUUGAUUUUGAAGAAUGAUUCCAUCCAUGAAAAUUCUUGCAUUCGACAUCUGAAGGUCCCAUCUAGUGUAGUAGUGGAUCCAACUAUUUUGAGAGGUGUAGCUCCAAAGUUGCAUUCAUUGUUCUCAGAGGUUGAUUUCUGUAGCAUGUCAAGGAUGGAUCUUAAAAGCAUACGGUCUUUAAGUUUAAAGAAAGCAGACGGUGAUAAACUACCAGCUUCUCCAAGCAAAUUGAAGCAUUUGAGAUACCUUGACAUCUCAAACACUAAAAUCAGGGCAUUGCCAAAAUCCUUCUCCAAGCUGUAUAAUUUGCAAACCUUAAAAUUGAUGUACUGCUCUCAUCUUCAAAAGCUUCCUGAUGGAAUGGAAAAUCUGAUCAGUUUAAGACAUUUUUAUUUUAGCAAUGACAAGCUCAUGCCAAGAAAUAUUGGGCGUUUGACUUCCUUGCAAACCUUAUCAUUAUUUGUUGUGGGCAAAGAAAAGGGAUAUCAUAUUGAAGAACUUGGACGCUUGAGUCAACUUGGAGCAUUGAGAAUAUGCAACCUUGAAUUUGUCAAAUCUAAAUCAGAAGCCACCAAAGCAAACAUGGAGCAGAAGACAAGAUUGUAUGAGGUGAAAUUGGAAUGGGGAAGAAGCGAAGAAGAGGGCUACAACAGUUAUGAGGAGGUUCUGGAAGGCCUUCAGCCUCCCUCAAAUUUGAAAAAAUUAAGUAUUAGUGGUUAUAUGGGAGAGAAGUUUCCGUCAUGGAUGGAGAAGGGUGUCAAUUUAUCUGGUGAUGCAUUUUUACUCAAUAAUCUACUGAAAUUGGGAUUAUAUGGCUGUGGUGAAUGUAUGGAUAUUCCUAGUUUGGGAUUUUUGCCUAAUCUCCAAAAUCUUAAAAUAUGGAGUAUGGAAAAGGUGAAACGUAUGGGCAGCAAGUUUUAUCUUAACAGAAGCAACAUUGCAAGUAGUAGUCAUGGUGGAGGCGACACAAUCACACUGUUCUCGGCUUUGAAAACUCUCAGGAUAGACAACAUGGGAAGCCUAGAGGAAUGGGCUGAAAUAGAAGGAGUACUAGUGUUUCCUUGCCUUGAGAAGUUGGAAAUUAGGAGUUGUCCUAAGUUGAGGACUUGGUCGAUGUCUGGAUUUGCAUCUCACCACAAGCUCUCCGAGCUUCUGAUAUAUAAUUGUUCGAGUCUUGUGGCUAUCCCAAACAUAGAUGGGCAGCUCUCUCUUAAAACAUUAUCAAUUUAUGAUUGUCCAGAACUAGUUUGUCUACCAAAUGGGCUAGAUACCUGCACUUCUCUCCAGGACUUGUGGAUUAACCGGUGCUCCAAUCUAGAGGAAUUCUCUGGACUUUCCAUCUCUCAUCCCAACAUCUCCAUUGAAGUUUUGUCUUUGAACAGAUGUGAUAAAAUAAAGUCUUUGCCACAUCAGCUUCAACAUUUAGUUGCUCUCAAACGAUUAUCAACACACAAUUGCAACGGAGUGGAAGCUUUUCCAGAGUGGCUCACUCGCCUGAAGCAAUUAAAGAUGGGUCCUUUCUACUCGGAGUUGGAGGAAUUCCCUGGACUCACUUCCAUCCAUCACCUCCGUUCCUCCCUUGAAAAUUUGGAAUUGGUUGGAUGGGAUAACCUAAAGUCACUGCCAGAUCAGCUUCAACAUCUCACUGCUCUUAAGGAAUUGAAGAUAGAUUCAUUCACCAGAGUGGAAGCUUUACCAGAGUGGUUGGGAAACCUCUCUUCUCUUACUUCUUUAAGCAUUCAUUCGUGGAACAAAUUGAAGAGCAUUCCAGAGGAGUGCCUAGGUAGGCUCACGUGCUUGAAGAGGUUAUCGAUGGGUCCUUUCUGGUCUGAGUUGGAAGAAUACCCAGGGCUCACUUCCACCCAUCACCUCCAUUCCUCCCUCAAAUCUUUGACUUUGGAAGGAUGGGAUAAACUAAAGUCACUGCCACAUCAGCUUCGACAUCUCACUGCCCUCCAACAAUUUACUAUAAGUCGAUUCAAUGGAGUGGAGGCUUUACCAGAGUGUUUGGGAGACCUCUCUUCUCUUCAGUGGCUUAACAUUUACGAUUGUGAUAAUUUGACGCAUCUACCUUCUGUUAAAGUGAUGCAUCGUCUCUCCAACUUAGAAACUUUUUAUAUUGGAAAUUGUCCCAAAUUAAAAGAAAGAUGCGCUAGAGAGAGGGGCCCUGAAUGGCCCAAGAUUUCCCUCAUUCCGAGUACCCACAUCUGGUAGAUGACCCUGCAAUCCCUAAAGGAUCUAGGUUUUGAAAAGAAGAGGGCUUAUUAAUUUAUAAUCCUUCCACAACAAAAGCCCCCAUCAAAUUAUCAAAUGUGCUUGGAGAGAAAAUAGAGGAGUCCAUGGCCACACUGUGGAAUCCUAUCAAGUUUUAUAGAUAACCGAAAGAUUUCACUUUGAAGUUUCUCCUCUGCUGAAUGUUUUAUGAUGAGAUCUGGAUGUCUUGGAACUGCUGGAACUGAAACAUUUAAAGAGCAUUCUUUUAUCUAGACAGCUGGAAUAGUAAUGGUUACCAGUCAGAACCUCUUGUCAUGAGCACAGUAGAUAACUAGUACAUGCUAGCAAUAUUUUGGCUGUUAUUGGGAUCCUACAAAUCUCAGUGUCAAAUAUUACUGUACAAACACUUUGCUGAGGAUAAAGGGCUGCAAACAAAAUAGAAUAGAGAAUUCAAAAAUACUCGAAAUGGAGAACUUUUGUAUGGUGCCAUUGUUCCAGAGUACUCUAUUGUAAGUAAAGUACCAAAUGCAGAUUUAUAGCUGUUCAGUGGAGAAAGCAUUGGCUUUUACCUGGAAAGAACCAACAGAUCAACCCUUUCCAUUUGUUCUCAAUGCUCUUGCUUUUGUGAAAAUGCUAAAGGACUUGGUUGAUCCAAUAAUCUACUGAAAGUUAACAAAUGUAGUGGAGAGAAAUCAGCAACAAGAUCACUGUGAACUGGUUCUCGAGGUGCUUGCAGAUUUACAGGGUCCUUAUAUAUCUUAUCUUAAAAGACUACAGUUUUCUGGAUUUAUCAGAGGAUGGCAUAACCAGAGAAGUGCUCAAUUGACCUUGUUUGAGAAAUUUAGAAGGAAACAAGCUUUCCGGCUUUCUUCCACCAAACUCAUGGUCAAGGAAUAUAUCAACUUAUUCAGUAUGUGAGAGGAGAAGAAAAACAAGUCUGUUGUUCCACUGGAAACAUCAGCUACAACAUUUGUCUUCUUAACUGCAAGUACCUACAUUUUGGUCCCUAGACGGAGUAGACAAAUAAAUAAAUGACAAGAUGUAAAGAAGUUGAAUGCUGAAAAAGAGAACAAGAUGGGUACAAUUACUUUGAAGUCAAAGAACGGAAAAUUUACAUCAUGUGAAUUUGUGAAAAUUACCAAUAUCUUUGAGAGAGACAUCAGAAGAGGGGCAUGGGAACACUUUAAUGAUUACUUAGAUGAUGAUUCUUAAGUAGCCUAUAGCCGUAGAGAUGCUAUCUCAUCAUCCGGUCAAGGGUACAAGGAGUUUCUUGUAGAGAUCAUCAGCAAAAAAAUUGUCUCUGCUUUGUUUUCAAGCCUUGAAGAAAAUUUUCAUUGGAAAAGGAGACUCAACUAAAGAAGUGUUUCUCUCUGCAAUUUGCAUCAAUACAAUUAUUAAGCCUUGUUUGCUGGAAUAUUUUCUAGUCCUCCUUAAUUUGUGGGGUGACUCUUAAUGGUUUGCAAGCUGAGUUGCAGUACAAGAUAGCUGAAAAACUGAAGAGACUGAAAUCGGAGUUUUCUCUCCCUUUAACUGUCAUACUUAUUUGGAAAAGCUUGAGAACGAGGUAGAAUCUUGAGAUUUCAUUAUGUAUGCCUCCAGUUCCAUCCAGGGAAGUGAGAUUGAUGUUGUUAUACUUUCCAUCUGGAGGAAAACUCUAUAAGUCUGCAAUUUUUCAUAGUGGAGUUUUUUUAUUUGGACUAGGUCCUGUCGUUUUUUCCUUUUUUGGGUUUUUCCCGUUGAAAAUUCUUGACGCUGAUUUUACCAUUGUUG